UAAUCAAUAUAAUCACCUUUUCAUGUCCGUCUUUAAAUAACCUUAAAUUUAAAUAAAUGUAAGAAAAAAUUUAAAAUAUAAUGUUAAGCGCGAGUUUAUUACUUUUAAUUUUGUCUGUGGUCAGGAAUAGUGCUGUGCCGAUCGCGUCCGAUUUAAAAAGUGACGAUGUGUUCUUGAUUCAACCGGACUAUGUUGGCAGCAAUGGCACCCAUGCUUCCUUAAAUGGCGUUCUUUUUAAAACUGUUAUGAGAUACCAUUGCUUACCUAUUUUUCUUCUCGAAGGUUCCCAUGUUAUUCUAUAUGGGUCCAACGGUUGGACAUUUCCUGAGCAAGAUGUUAAUUUAACGUUGACUUAUCCCACUUCAAAUCCAGAAGUACAGCGAAACCUCGAUAAUGACAAGAUAGUUGGGUACGAGGUUCUCCUAUUCACAGACACUCGGCAAUGCACCGGCACCAUAGCGGGGGAGUUAAUGCAGGAGCAUAUAACCCUAAACUUUACCAUAAGUGGUAUAACCAUGUUAUCGUAUGAGUUUUGGCUGUACGGCGUCCCCAGCAGAUGGAAGGGGAAGGGGGAUGCCCGAAUGGACCUCGAUCAAAAUAACAUCAUGUGCUGACAAUAAAUAAAUAGUGUAUGAAAAGCAA